GUCUCUUAUUGUCUGUUCUCCCGAGACACGUUGCCAUGGAGAUGAAGUCUGAUAUCGCCAAGAAACCUCAAGAUACGAUGUUUCACAAAAUCUACAUUCAAAGACACGAGAAUGUCAGUAUUUUAUUCGCAGACAUUUGUGGAUUUACCCUGCUAGCAUCACAGUGCACUGCCGAGGAAGUGGUGAAGAUUCUGAAUGAAUUGUUUGCCAGAUUCGACAAGCUCGCAGCUGAAAAUCACUGUUUACGAAUUAAGAUCUUAGGCGAUUGUUAUUACUGUGUUAGUGGAUUACCAGAGCCUCGGCCUGACCAUGCCCAUUGUUGUGUAGAAAUGGGGCUGGACAUGAUUGAUGCAAUAGCAUUAGUACGUGAGGUAACUGGGGUGGAUGUCAACAUGCGCGUGGGGAUCCAUACAGGCCGUGUUCAUUGUGGAGUUUUGGGACUCCGAAAGUGGCAGUUUGAUGUUUGGUCUAAUGACGUCAGCUUGGCCAAUUACAUGGAAGCAGGAGGAGUUCCUGGCCUCAUUCACAUCACCAAGGAAACGAUGAAAUGCUUGAAUGGGGAAUAUCAGCUGGAGCCAGGAAAUGGGGGUGAGCGGCAUGUAUACCUUAGAGAUCAUAACAUCGAGACUUAUCUCAUUGUUCCUGACGACAAGACCAGGGUAAACCAAGUAAGAUCUCGACAAAGCAUUGUCAACCUGAACACCGUUUCCAAGGAGAUGAGGAUGAUGGGUCACAUGGAUAAUAAUAUGGGCUUGGAAACGAGUUGUCGCUUGUUUAUGAACAGAAGAACUAAAGAUUAUAAAGACCCCCAAGAGGAAGUGAACGAUUACCUAGCUCGUGCUAUUGACGCUCGCAGUAUUGACCAACUGCGGUCCGAGCAUUGCAGAAGAUUCUUACUGAGAUUUCGCAAGCCAGAAGUGGAAGAAAAGUAUAUGCGCGAAGAAGACAAGAUGCUUGAGACGUAUUUUUUGUCUAGCGGACUCCUUCUACUUUUCAUAGCCGUAAUUCAACUUCUUAUAUUUCCAAUCUACUGGUUAAGGCCAUUUCUUCAAGUUCUUGGGGGUGUUUGUAUUAUUGGAGUUCUCAUCCUGGUUAAGAUUUCAAAGCAGACAACAACUCGCAAGAUACCAGCUUUGAUAAGAAGGCUUACUAGUGACAUAUCUGCAAGCCGGAAGCACAGCCAAGCUGUGACCUUGGUUGUACUAGUUAUUUUGUUUACUGUAUGUGUGGUUCCAUUGGCGUUUUUAGACGUGCCACAAGCUGGAUGUUGGGUCUUGGAGAAUAACACUUUCAAUUCCUCUCUCAAAGAGCCUGUCUUGGUCGAUUUCCGUUUGUCCGAAGACUGUGCGAUCAGAGAUUUCCCUAGAAUACCAGAGUUUAUUUCGUUUAGCAUGGUAAUGGUGAUGCUGACCGUGGCAGCGUUCCUAACUUUGAGUGUGAUGCAAAAGUUUUUCAUCCUUGUGGCGUUUGUUGGAAGCUUCUGCCCUAUCCCGCUUCUUGUCCAGGCACCUUUAUUUGAGGUGUAUGACCUCCUGUUACUACAAAACACAGGAGACAUAGAUCGUGGCUCAACCCCUUCAAAAUAUCUUGCCAUUCUAGUGGUAGUACUCUUCCUCAUUGCCCUGCUGAUCCACGGCCACCAGGCCGAAGCCACCGAAAGAUUGGAUUUUCUGUGGAAACUGCAGGCCAUGGAAGAAAAGGAAGAUAUGGAACAUCUACAGGCUUAUAAUAGAAAGCUUCUUAGUAACAUCCUUCCAGCCCACGUGGCUGAACAUUUUCUUGCUGCUGACCACAGGAACGAGGACCUUUACCACGAGCAGCGAGACAGCGUUUGCAUUAUGUUUGCUUCUAUCCCUAACUUCAGUGAGUUCUAUAUGGAGUUAGAAGGUAAUAAUGAAGGAGUGGAAUGUUUACGACUGCUAAACGAAAUCAUUGCGGAUUUUGAUGAGAUUAUCGAGGAGAAGCAAUUCGCAUGUAUCGAAAAGAUUAAGACGACCGGCUACACAUAUAUGGCUGCCUCCGGCCUGACCUCUGCUUCUACCGACCUGGAUUCACAGACACAUAUAACAGCUAUGGCAGACUUUGCUAUCCGCCUCAAGGAACAGCUGGACUAUGUUAAUGAACAUUCCUUCAACAACUUUAAAAUUCGAAUUGGUUUAAAUGUCGGCCCUGUAGUUGCUGGUGUGAUAGGAGCCAAAAAACCUCAGUACGACAUUUGGGGUAACGCUGUAAACGUUGCUAGCCGUAUGGACAGUACCGGUGAGAUGGGAAAGAUUCAGGUUACACAUGACGUCUACGUAGUCUUGAAACAACAUGGUUAUAGACUGGAAUGUCGAGGGUAUACGAAAGUGAAAGGAAAAGGAGAAAUGGUAACGUAUUUUCUAGAAGAAGGAAAGUCCUGAAAGAAGGAAAGCAGUGUCUCAAAAAUGUUAAAUUAUUCAAGAUUUUUAUCUACAUGUGUCUUCAUUUCUUUCUCAGAAGUGUCCAUUUUGCCAAAUGAGGAGAAAGACUUAGUUCGACCAUGUGUCGUCCGACGUAGUUUAGUUCUUUAAACGUGUAAGGUAUAAAGAAGGUAUAUUUAAAGAGUAAAUAUUAAGAUGUUAUAAUAUACAUAAAAGUAAUACUAAUGAAUUGUAACUACUUUCGUAAUAUAUUUACUGUGGAAGUAGCAAGUGAAUUUCUUAAGUAAAUGACAGAUCUAAAUAACGUUGAUCUCACCUUGUAGAAUAUUGCCGAAUUUCUACGAAAGGAGGCGUCUUAGUUAAAGUAUUUUGUGAAGGUGUUUAUUAUUAUGAACAUUUUCAUAGAUAAGUGUCUAUUGUAUUUUGUUUUACCAGUUAUUUUAAAAAACGUGUGUUGAAGAAAUGUAUGUUCUUUCCAUUGUAGUCGAUAUUUAACCUCCAGGAAACUUCUACUCUUUAAAAAGACGCUUAAAUUAUAAAUUUUAGGAAACAAAAUAUUCGUAAAUUUACCUGUAUACUGGUGAUAAUAUACCGCUAUGAUGUUCUCUUAAUACUGAUUCUUAAUCCUUUUCUGCACUAGUAUGUAUGAAUCAAAAUUUAUAGGAAGCUAACUGAAUUAUAUUUAUCUAGAUAUCAGUUUACAAUUAAUUAGCAUUUUGUGAUUUCCUUGAAAGCGUGUUGAUUCCUGAGUCUUAAUGCUUCUUUGAUAAUCAAAUUUUCCUGCACCCACAAAUAUUUUAUUUAUCAUAUUUUCGUCAUUAUUAGUAGACUUGAACUAGAAUAUAUUCUAAAUGAUGUGUAAACUCUUACAGAAUCAGUAGUCUCCAAAAGAGUUGGUCAAAAGUUUCAUAGCUGUGAUAACUGAUGAAACAACAAACAUGAAAUAGAGAAAGCUAGGAUUCUGAGUUUAGACAUAGCAUCUCUUCCCGCUCUAUUCUAGAAAUGGAUAGGAAGAGUAGUAGUUACUCCAAGUGUCAUCAGAUACUGUAACUUGUUAUCAUUUUUGUACAGUUCCUGCAACAGUCAAGCUAUCUCUUUCUUUCAUUUUACAUUCUUACAUGAAUGGAAAUUUGUUUGUAAAGAAGUUCCUGAUACGUUUAAACAGUAUUAUACGUUCAGGAUUUCAAUUUACAGUAUACUUGUCUCUUCAUUUAGAUACAGCAGUUACUAUAAUUUAUUGAAAUGGGUGAAUCAUUUUGAGAGUUGAUAUUAAGAACUGAACAGAAUAUAAAUAUUAAAAGAAAAACUGUUUGUUACUAAUGGCUUGAUUUGGUUCACCCGUUAUGCUGAUGUCAUUGAUCACAUUAUAGAGUUAGGAAAUUAUUUUUUACAGUUAGUGACUAACUGUCAUAUCAUGUAGUAGUUGUAUAAGGACUAGAAUAAACUUUUGACCCUACUAUGGCAGUACCCCUGACCGAAACCAUAUCAAAUAAUCCAAGAUGGUGGCCCUCUAUUGGUGGAACACAUUCCAUCAUGUUUCAAUCAUAUUAUACCCAUCUUGUGGAUUAAGCAUCCAUUUCAUGGUAAAGUAAAAAAUACUCCUCAGUAGCAGCAUCCACUAUUUAUAAGUAGGUUGUUUUAGUUAGUAAGAUAAAUUAGUAUUCUCUAGAUCAGGUAGGACCAUAUAAGAAAAGUGGCACGUGUUUGUUUUUAUCAAAAAACCCCCUGUAAGCUGGAAAGUGGCUUGGGUAUGUCGUGGAGCCUAUCCUACCCAAGUGAACCAAGAAUCUUUAAUACAGUCGUAAAAGUAAAUAUGGAUGAGAUCAUCGUACUAAAACUGUUUAAAACGAUAAGUAAAUAAAGCCCAUUAACUGCGCUAUAUUCAAUUUUAAGACUAACGCCUAUAUUUAAAAGCGAAUGAAGUAUUAUACGAGUUGUACUGUAAAAGUAAAAUGCCAACGAUCAGUAUUAUAAUAAACUUUAAGAUAGAUUUUUUAGCGUGUUUUUAAAUUAAACUAUCAAUAUAAACCUCUACAUUUUUGAAAAUUAAUUAGCUUCGAUUUGAGAAUCGGAGUUCAACUACUUACAAAAUAUGCAUAAUUCAAAACAAUUUGGGGUUCCUUGUAUGUAUUACUCAAAAUAGUUUCCUAUCAAAAUUGGCCGUUAAGUUUCUUGAGUAUGAGUUUUUAUUUUUAUUAUAUUUUUAACUGCCAAACUUGAUGGUUAUACCAUUACAUCAUUUUUUUUCCUUAACAACAUAUGAAUUAUUUUAAGUUUUAGUUUUAUACAUACUAUCGAAAUUUAUUUUAAUUGUAGCCGUUUAUUUUUAUAUCUUUAAGACAAUAGGGUCACUUUCAAAAUUAAAAUUAUGUCUGUCGUUGUUUAUCGAAAAAAACAACAACAAACAGUGACGUAUUUUGAAAGGUAAACACGCGCAGUUCUUGUUUAAGUUUAGUUUUUUACUUCUACAAAGCCCACAGUGGCACAACGAUAUGUCCGCGGACUUACAAUGCUAGAAACCGAUUUCGAUGCCCGUGGUGGGCACAGCACAGAUAGCCCAUUG